AUGUGUCCUCUUGUUUACCUUUGCAGGUUUUUCUUGAAGUUUUUCCUGAAAUGUAACCAGAAUUGUCUGAAGACAGCAGGAAACCCGAGGGAUAUGAGGAGAUUCCAGGUGGUCUUGUCCAGCACUGUGAGUGUAGACGGCCAUGUCCUGGCGGUGUCCGACAACAUGUUCGUCCACAACAACUCAAAGCACGGUCGGAGGGCCCGCAGGCUGGAGCCAGGCGAGUCUGUGGAGAAUACGAUGGAAUAUGCCACCCCGUGUAUCAAAGCCAUCAGCCCCAGUGAGGGCUGGACCACCGGCGGGGCCAUGGUCAUCGUCAUCGGGGAGAACUUCUUUGACGGGCUGCAGGUGGUGUUUGGCAGCAUGCUUGUGUGGAGUGAGCUGAUCACGCCGCAUGCUAUCCGUGUCCAGACACCUCCUCGACACAUCCCCGGGGUCGUGGAGGUCACACUGUCUUAUAAAUCCAAACAGUUCUGCAAGGGAGCACCUGGACGCUUCAUCUACACAGCCCUAAAUGAGCCAACUAUAGACUAUGGUUUCCAGCGCCUUCAAAAGGUCAUUCCCCGACAUCCUGGUGACCCAGAGAAACUAGCCAAGGAGAUCCUCCUGAAGAGAGCGGCAGAUCUCGUGGAGGCCCUGUACGGAAAUCCACACAGUAAUCAGGACAUGCUGCUGAAACGUGCGGCAGACAUCGCCGAGGCACUCUACAGUGUUCCCCGUCCUCACAGUCAGCUGCAGGCGCUGCCCAGCUCACCGGCCCACGGCAGUGUCAUGGGCCUGGGCUCCUAUCCUUCUCAGUUAGGCGUCAGCAUCGGGGAGCAUGGGCAGAGCAGCCAAGGUUACAUUCGAAAUUCCAGCAGUUUGUCUCCAAGGGGUUACCCAUCAGCCUCCACUCCUCAGCAGUCAAGCUACGGGGGCAGCGGAGGGAUGACCGGAGGCUAUGGGACAGUUCCCAUGACCAGUCUAGGAGUACCUGGCUCUCCUGGUUUCAGCAGUGCCUCCCCCACAGGCUCUCCCUACAUAAUGCCCUCCAGCCCCACUAUACCUGGGAGCUCCAGCUCCUCAUCGUCUCUCUUGCCUUUCUCCUCCUUCCCGUCUGCUGCUAAACAGAAGAGUGCUUUUGCUCCCGUCCUCAGGCCCCAGGGCUCUCCCUCCCCUGCCUGCCCUGCCUCAGGGGGGAACAGCUUCAGAGCGAUGACGGGCCUGGUUGUUCCCCCGAUGUAGCAAAGCACCCGCCCCAAUCUACCCCAGACCACUGCUUCACUUAGCCCCUCUUUUGGCAUUAAGAGGGAAGGGAGAAUGGAAAAUUGAUCACUAGUGACCAUGUAUAAGUUUCCCUCCUGAGCCCCAACGCCAUUUCUUAGUCUCGUUUUCAUCCAGGUGGAUGAAACAGGACGGGAUACGAAAAUGUCCAAAGACCAGCCAUCUACUCCAGAGGCAGAGCACAUUACUUCACCCACAACUACAGACAGAUAAAGCUCCUUAGCUAACAGCACCAGACUGGACCAUAUAUCGCUGCGUGUGUCAUAAAGUGUCUGCAUUUUUGAAAGGAAACAAACUCAAGCUUUGAAAGCAUCUGUAUUUACCUCUGGCCCGCAACCACAUGCAGUAUCUAUUCUUCAACAGCCUGCCCGAACCUCGGCCAGAGACGUACGGGAUGCGUUUGCGAGAGCACUGACGGACAACUCUGGUAUAAUGUUGCAGCUCUAAGAAGCAGGGUGCUAUUUGUCUGAGUAUGGACACCUUAAAUGGCAUGUGUGUACACUGUCUGUGAGUUAGCGAGAGGUUUUUUUGUAGUAGACUUUUUUGAAGAAAAUUUACAUUCCAGAAAAAUAGACCCUUUAUUUUUUGUUCUGAUCUCUACGGUUUUACAAGGGAGAACUCUUUGUCUCAAUGGUUAUUACGAAAGGAAUUCAUAUAUUGAUUUAUUUAAGAACAAGCAAUUUAACUUAUUAUAGGUAGUUUAGGGAAUAAUAUAAACGUGUUUUUAUAAAGUGGUCCUUUUCCAACUUUUACUGAAAUGAAGUUAUCUCAACAAUUGCUAAUUAAUUUGCUAAAUGAUCAUAGGGAAUUGCCUUUUUUUGGGUGGAGAAGAUAAGCUCUAACACACUCUUUUGGAAUAAAACGUCCCCAGUUUUCAGGUUCUUGCAUAACAGAAAUCUGAAUGUUAUGCCGGCAUCUACAGGAGGGUAUGGUCCUUGUGUAAAGGGGAAAUGUUAGUUAGCCUUAUCCUUUUUAAUUUCACUUAUAAUGCAUGCUUUGUCACAUCGAUGCCCUGAUAUUAUUUCAUUCCACGUUGCAAAGUUGAAUUUACAUGACUAUAACUUAUAGAUUUUACAGCUUCAUUUUAAAUGUCUCAACCCAGUACAGGUCUCUAGUCACUAUGCAGUACAGGAAACGAAAGCACAAACUGCUCAAUUGAAAAGAACAGGGCGUAUUAGGUGUUCAUUAACCCACAUCAUGCUGUUCUUACUCACUGAUUUCUAUCAUCACAACACAAACUUCAUUCUCAGGACGUGAAAAACAAAGAACACAAAGAGUAGAUGACAUUUUUGCAAAUUUUGUUUUUAGAGUUUGGUUAAUUUUAUUUAUUUAAAAAAAUUAUUAGCAAUUUAAUAUUAUGUUUUUUGAAGCCAUCUUUCUUUGAAACGGUACAAAAAAUGGUGCAAAUGUGAUUUGUAUAUCUCAAGGUGUAAUUAUAUUUUGUGCUCCAAAUAAAACAAAUAAG